UCCGCCACACGCCGUGGAUGUGCUCGUUUUGUCGACUUACACUUCGUUAUUUCUCCACGUUUGACUGGUCCAGUGAGGAGAUGCACGGUAUAGAUUCAGUGUUUUGCAUGCUCUAAUUUGCACGUUUUAUUACCAGGAGUAAGUGGACACAAUAAAAAUGGACGCGUCGGGAGAUUUGGUCCUUUACGAUGCAUCGACCUCCCUCCCUGCUUUCAACAGGAGGCAGCCCGUGUGUGUGUGUGAAGGCUCUGUCGCCUGCAAAAGAAAGGCUCCAUGUUCAGUGCAGUUGUGCUGGUGCUUGUCUGCCUGAUGCAGAUGAAGCUAGUGACCACAGAGGGGCAUAGUGGGACCAACCGCCACGUCUUCUAUGCGGUGCAAAUGGACAGAGGCAUCAGAGCCGCCAGAGCUCUGGCUGAGCAGCACACACUGGAGUUCAUACAGCAGGUGGGCAGCCUGGAGGAUGUUUACAGCCUUAAAGACAGCAGGGGGCGCCCUGACAGAGCCGCCUUUGAGAACACACUUUCCACUGCAGUAGGGGUUCACUGGGUGCAGAGGCAGCACAGUCAUUACAGAGACAAGCGGGUCUCUGUGAGAGGACUGGACCUCAGAACCCCUCACAGUUCCCAGAGGAGAGCAACUGACAGGCAGCCGGAGGAGAAGAAAAAGAGUGACCAGUCCCUCACCUUCAAUGACCCGCUCUGGCCCAUGCAGUGGGAACUGUUUGCACAGGGCCAGUACAGCAGUGGGUUGGACCUGAAUGUGAUGCCAGUUUGGAGCAACAACAUCACCGGAGCUGGAGUGGUGGUCAGCAUCAUAGAUGAUGGUGUGGAUCACACAAACAAGGACCUAAGGAAAAACUUUGAGGCCCUCGCCAGUUUCGACCUGGCUGCUUCACACGGUCUGUCUCAUGAUCCCAUGCCAGUCAGGGAUGAGGAGAAUAGUCAUGGUACUCGCUGUGCAGGGGAAGUUGCCAUGGAGGCCAAUAACUCCUACUGCGGUGUGGGCAUCGCCUUCAAUGCCAGGAUCGGAGGUAUCCGCUUGUUGGCCGGUUCUGUCACCGAUGCAAUGGAGGCCACAGCCCUGACCUUCAACAUGCACUUCAUCGACAUCUACGUCUGCAGCUGGGGCCCGCGGGACGACGGGGCCGAGAUGGACGGCCCCCACAGCCUGACAGCGCGGGCCCUUCGGCUAGGAACUCACGAGGGCCGGGGUGGGAAGGGCAGCGUCUUUGUGUGGGCGGCAGGUAACGGUGGGACGCAGCGCGACCACUGCGGCGCCGACGGCUAUGUUAACUCCAUCUACACUAUAGCCAUUGGCGCUGUCACUCAAACGGGGAAGCCCGCCCACUUUGGCGAGCCCUGCCCCGGUGUGAUGGCCGUUACUCUGACAGGGGCCAGCGUGGGAAGCCCCCUACCUCUGGUCACAGUGACCAGCGUAGAGGGCGGUUGUGUCACACACUUUCCAGGAACAUCCAGCGCUGCUCCCAUCGCUGCAGGGAUCCUGGCUCUUGUGUUGGAAGUAAAUCCUGAGCUGACGUGGAGGGAUGUUCAGCAUCUGAUCGCCAACACAGCACAGAUCCCCGACCCCAAAGAACCUGGCUGGAACAUCAACGCGGCAGGAUACCAUGUUCACUAUAGGUAUGGUUUUGGAUUGUUGGAUGCAGGGCUGAUGGUGCAGCACGCCACGCUCUUUAACACGGUUUCUCCACAGAGGAAGUGCAUCAAAGAGGUUACACCACAUCCUACCAGGAUCCUCUCUCCAGGGGGCGUGGUCAGUGUUGAUAUAGAAUCAGAUGCCUGUCGUGGGAGGAAGAAUGAGAUCAACACUGUAGAGCACGUCCAGGUGAGAGUGAGCAUUAGUGCGGUGUGUCGCGGUGACCUCUCCAUAAGCCUGGCGUCUCCAGCUGGCACUGUCUCACUGCUGUUGGACAGAAGGCCCAAUGACGCGUCCACUGCCGGCCUGAAGAACUGGACCCUGAUGACGAUGCACUGCUGGGGGGAGCAGCCACAGGGCCUCUGGACCUUUCAGGGACCCCUGCAGAGUGUCGUGUCCAUGGGGUCAGGUCACCCCGUCCCACACAGGGGGCUUCAACACGGAGACCUGAUUGAAAGGAUCCACCAGAUGGAGAGAGGCAGGAAGAUACAGGCUGCUGACAUCACUCUCCCAGCCAGACACAAGAUGUUGAAGAUUUCUGGAGACUUAACGUUGGAUGAGCAGACCCUCAAAAAGCCCCUGAAGUCCAGUAAGGCUCUCCAGUUACAUCAGACAGAUGAGGCACAGAAGGCUUCCACGGGGUCACGACCUUCUGAUGUGAAGGAGCUUCAUGAGACAAAGACCAUCAUGGAGAAUUUGGAUCGAGUGAAAAGGUCCUUACCCUUACGGACUCUCCGGGAUAUCACCAACACUCUUCAGAUCCAGGAGGAGCAGCAAGACGGGGGGGGUGGGGGGGGGCUCAAGGCAGCAGACGGCAAACUGAAGAAACAAACAUGA